CUUCACUGUGCCGUCAUGUGCAGCAGUGUAGUGUGUUUAGCGCUGUGGGCUGGUGUGUGUCUCUUCCCGUGUGCCCCUGUGUGUGUACUGGCUGCUGGUGCCUCCCCUUUUGACACGCUCCCAGCGCAGCCGGUCCAGCGUGACUCUCAGAGCGGUCCAAGGGCGCGCAGUGCACCUUCAGCACAGGGAAUAAAGAUGGAGGCUCUGGGUGUGCAAGUGCAAAGUCCCUGCGUUUUACAUUGCAGCCACUUUAAUCCCUCCGAGCAUCAGCAUGGCUCCUGUAAGCCCCCGCUGGGCUCGUCGGCCGUGACCUCGCGGAUCCUGCUCCGCCAGCAGCUGAUGCGCGAGCAGCUCCAAGAGCAGGAGCAGCGAGAGCGGCAGAGGCGGCAGAGCUCAGCGUACGCCACCCAGAGCCCCGCCAUCAACGUCAGCGCACCCCCCGGCCCGCCCAGCGCCACACAGGUGCCCAUGGAAGUGCUGAAGGUUCAAACGCAUCUUGAAAAUCCCACUAAGUAUCACAUCCAGCAGGCUCAGAGGCAGCAGGUGAAGGCGUAUCUGUCCACCACACUGGGAGGAAAGCUCGGGUCGCAGGCGUUGAGCUUGCCGUGUCCCAGCCAGGCCAGCGAUCACGGGGGAAUGCCUCCGGGGCCGGGCAACAGCGCCCCCAACAGUCCUAUGGCCUUACUGACACUCAACUCCAACUGCGAGAAAGAGAUGGAUGAUGUCAUUGAUGACAUAAUAAGUUUGGAAUCCAGUUACAAUGAUGAUAUUAUGGGACUCUCCUUGGACCCCGGACUUCAGAUGGCCAACACGAUUCCCGUGUCGGCGAACCUCUUGGACCUGUACAGUAACCCAGGGAUGCCUCCUCCUGGACUCUCUAUUAGUAACUCGUGCCCUGCUAACAUUAAAAGGGAAUUCUCUGUCACUCCAUCCCCAGCGAUGAUGCACAUGAUGGACAAGCCCAGCUCCUGUAACAACUUCGAGAACUAUCAAAGGCCUGAAGGGUUUCCUGUGGGGGCAGAAGUUCGCGCUCUCGCAAAGGAAAGGCAAAAAAAGGACAACCAUAACUUAAUUGAGAGGCGACGAAGAUUCAACAUUAACGAUCGAAUCAAAGAACUGGGGACUCUGAUUCCGAGAUCAAAUGACCCGGACAUGCGUUGGAACAAGGGCACUAUUCUUAAGGCCUCUGUGGAUUACAUCAGGAAACUUCAGAGAGAGCAGCAGCGCAGCAAAGAGCUGGAGAACCGUCAGAAGAAGCUGGAGCACGCCAACCGUCACCUGAUCCUCCGGAUACAGGAGUUGGAAAUGCAGGCUCGUGCUCAUGGUCUGGCCAUCGCCUCGUCUACACUCUGUCCAUCAGAUCUAGCAGCCCGGGGCAUAAAACAGGAGACGGUCCUGGGGGACUGCAGCCAGGACAUGUACCCUCACACGCACCCCUCUUGCCCUAGCAUGGGCCGCUCCAGCACCCUAGACCUUAACGACGGCACAAUCACCUUUAACGACUCCCAUGGUACAGGCUCUGGCGCUUCUGCUGACGCAGGGGCUUAUGGUCUCAUUUCUAAGGCAAAUGCCGCUAAACUUGACGACAUUCUGAUGGACGACACAUUGUCGUCUGUAGCAACAAGCGACCCACUUCUCACCUCCGUCUCGCCCGGAGCCUCGAAUGACAGAAGCCGUAAGGACAGCGUGAACAUGGAGGAAAACGAGCAUGUUUGUUAGUACAGCGAAAACCUUCUUUUAAGGCCGCUGGUCGUUGCGUUUUUCCAAUAACGCAACUGAUGCUUGGGAUCGCUAAAGAGGAAGCACGGCCUGUUUUGUGAGUGCAAAGUAAUAUUAUUUUUUUAUGUUUACACUUUAUUUUAUUGUAUUUUAACAGUAUCCCACCUUUGUCUACCCAAAAUUCAUUGUGGUAUAUUAAUUCAGAU